CUAUUUUUUUAAUUUACGUCUAUAAAUGUGUAUGUGUAUAUAAAAUGCACCAUCCUCUUCAAAGUUCAUUACCAAAAUAUAUAUUCUCCAAAAACUUGGGCCAAAAAUGGGCAUGACCAUAUCAAACACAACUAUUGCCAUUUGUAUGAUCUUGAUCUCAAUAAAGUUUAUGGUCACCCUCUCCAACCCAAUGUGCCCGUCUGGGUAUCCGAACAGCUCGACCGCGGUGUACAAAGAGGACAUCGACUUGAUGCAGUUUUCGGGGAAUUUGGAGUUCUUGGAAGCCGAGUUCUUCUGUUGGGCCGCUUACGGCUAUGGCCUCGACAUUCUUGACCCUGAGCUCGCCAACGGUGGCCCACCCCCCACGGGCGUGCGGAGAGCCAAUCUCGAUUUCCUCACGCGUAGCAUCAUUAGAGAGUUUUGUAACCAGGAAAUCGGUCAUCUAAGGGCACUAAAGUCAAGGGUAGGAUUGUUCAAGAGGCCAUUGAUGGACCUGAGUGCAAAUAGCUUUGCUCAGUUAUUUGAUGAAGCAUUUGGUUGUAAACUGGAGCCCCCAUUUGAUCCCUAUAGGGACAGCCUAAGCUACAUGAUGGCUUCUUAUGUGAUUCCCUAUGUUGGAAUGGUUGGCUAUGUUGGUGCAAACCCUCUCAUCAAGGGCUAUAUCACAAAAAGGUUGCUUGCAGGACUGCUAGGAACAGAAGCAGGGCAGGACGCGGUGAUAAGAACGUACCUCUACGAGAGGGCAACGCGCGUCAUUUUCCCGUAUCGCCACACCGUGGCCGAUUUCACCAUCCGCGUUUCGAUGCUGAGAAACCGGCUGGCGGGCUGCGGGGUGAAGGACGAGGGGCUUUUCGUCCCUCCAGUGUUGGGAGCCGAAAACCGGACAACCGGCAAUGUUCUUUCUGAGGAUGCCGAAUCGUUGUCGUACAAGAGGACUCCGGCGGAAAUCCUGAGGAUUGUAUACAACACCGGCGAUGAACACAUCCCCGGCGGGUUUUACCCAGAGGGAGCUAAUGGUAGAAUUGCAAGAGAUUUGCUUCCAAUGUGAGACAGAUUCAUCAAAAAAAUACUUUGUUGUACUAGGUAUUUCUUUAUAAGCUCUGUUUGUUUGCAAAGAACAAGAAUUGUUAUGUAUCUUAGGUGACUUUCUAGCCAGCUGUGUUCGUUACUAAGAACAAAAGAGAUUUAUGCAUUUCAUAUUUCUUUCUUGCACCCGAAUUACUCUGUAAUUUAAGUUACCGGUUGCAGUUUACAAUAUUUCAAUUCAAUUUAUUAAAAAUUAGUGUAGAAU